UUAAAAUUGUGACACGGCUUCGUAAUAACGACAGUGAUAAUUACGAAGUGAUUUUUAAGUUUCGGUAUUUAAAACUUCUUGAAACUCACAAAGAAUAUUUAUAUGGAAUGUUGCUGUGAAAUUGUAUGUGACAAUGUAUCAAUCAAACACAGCGUGACUUAAGUCAUCUAAUUUACUACUCAGGUUAUGCGUUGAAGGGCGCGCGCGCGUGUGUAGCUCAGGUUGUGUAUGGUAAUCAUCCAAUUCCCGGAAAGUUUGUUAAUAAUGAAAAACACGGGAAAAUCUUGUCUCUUACUGAUUCUCGGUCUAACGUGGUGUUGGUCAUAAUGUUGCCAUGCACACAUCUGCUAGUGUGGGAUUUCUAAAAUACAUCCAUCUUCCAAACAUACCGACAGAAGGACCAUUGACCACGCAGACCAAACAUGGAUGAAGUUAAGAUGGAAAAUGACAUAGAAAAUUGUUUUCCUUGUACAACUUCAACAGCUGCAUCGAAACUAAUUCAUGUAGAACAAGAGAGUGAUGAGGAGAUGCACAUCCCAUUUACGUUUGUUGAUGUGAAUGGGGCUACAGACUUAGACCUUGACCUGGAUGUAGACUCCCAUGAAGCAUCUUCAUUUGCUGAUAUAAAUGAGGAAGAUGGACUGAUCUCUCUCAACUUUGCUACAGUGAAGAUUGAGGAUAAGGAAGAACAGCUAGCUGGUAAAGUAGUGUUCAAGACAGAAGAUGAACUGGUAGAAGAGCCAGAAUUUGAAAUGGAUUUGGAAAGUGUUGACACUAUGAGGAGAAUUGCAACAUUCCACUGCAGGGUGUGUAAUAAAGGCUUUAUGCAUAGGACAGACCUCAAAACACAUUCACGUACUCACACAGGAUGGGUGAAUUAUACCAAAGUGCAUUUGUCUCAUACGUCACACCUUUUAGACCAUUCAUAUUGUAUUACAGGAUCAAAGACUGAAUUAUGUCAUUUGUGUAACAAAAAGUUCACGAAACUUCAAGAACAUUACCGCACCCACACAGGAGAGAAACCUUAUAAGUGUGAAAAGUGUGGCAGAGAGUUCUCAAUAAGAGGAUCUUUGAAACGGCAUUACACUGUUCACACAGGUGAAAAACGUCAUCAGUGUAAUAUAUGCUUUAAACGGCUGAGUACUAAGCGUUCUCUUAGUAACCAUAUACUUCUGCAUGAGAAGAGACUUUAUGAAUGUCAUACUUGCCAUGUUAAAUUCACAAGGUUAAAGACCCUGAAUAUACAUACACGCUUAUAUUGUGGAGAGAAGCACCGCAAAACUAACAGUCUUUCAGGUAAGAACAAAUUAAAAUCCAUUCGAAAGAAACGUGUUCGUUGUGAGAUAUGUUUCAAGACAUUUUCUAACAAGGGUAACUUGUUUCAACAUUACCGUGUUCAUAAGAAAGAACCUUGUAACCUCAAGACAGGAAAAACAUUUAAGUGUGAAGUGUGUUCUAAGCAGUUCUUAAGUGCUAGUACUUUGAAACGACAUUCCCAUAUGCACACCUGAAGAACAUUAUGCCAUAAUACAUUCUGUAGUACCUAACUGUAAUCUUUAAUAAAGCUACUUAUCUUCCCAUGAUAUGACACUGUACCUCACAUAAAUGCUAUCUUCUUAUAGUGCUCAUUAGAAUACCAGGGUUUUAUGGCAUUGGACAAAGUAUUUCCUGUCAUAACUUGAUUUCGGUUUUUAUCUGCCAAAUAUUCCACCAGUGCCUUAUAAUCAUCACUCUCCAAAAGGUGUGUGAUUUGUUCAAUUAGGUAACAUGUUAUCACAGGCUUGCUCCUCAGUUGGGGCUGGACUUAAAGAUGUUAAUUAGUUUAUGACUUUAUAGGUGGUGAUUAGAUAUUAUAGUAAGUUAUGAAAAUCUGCAAUACCACUUGUAAGAAAUUCCCAUUAAUGGGACAGAAAUUUUGAUAGAAUGCACCAUGCAUCUCCAACUGCUCUACACAAGAAAAUGGGUUCAGGUAUCAACUAAUAACAAAACUUGAGAGUUAUUAAUGUGAAAAUAAGGUGUGUAAUAGAUAAAUUCAUAAUAUAUCUUUUAAAAAAAUGAUUUUAUUGCAGUGGAAAGCAACUUAAAUGUAUUUAAACUUUCAUAUCUGUCUCAAGUAGCCUUUAUUGUACUGAAUUUAAACAGCCACUGUACCCUUCACUGGCUGGAUUUACUUCUGGGCAUUUUAAUAAAAAAGAAGCAGCCUUACAAAAAUCA